CUCGGUUGCCAUACUUGCCAUUGAAGAAAGAAAAAAAAGUAAACAAUGUAUGUAAAAUGUGCACUGUGCAGAAUGUUGAAUUAAAUAAUAGAUUUAAGUGUAAAAAUAAUUAAUCAUUAUGUCUGACCUCAAAGUUUGCCGUAUAUGCUUGUGUAAAGACGUAAAAAUAUAUAGUUACGAUCGUUUUCAUUUAAAGCAAUAUUAUGAAGAAGUUCUAGCUAAAAAAAUAAAUAUACAAGAUGGUCUUCCAAACUGUUUUUGCUAUGAAUGUGCUGGCAUGUUGUAUAAGUUUCAUAAGUUUAAAGAAAAAUGCUACAGAGCAGAGCAAGCUCUUAAUGAAUUGUCCUGGAAUGGAUCUAUUACACUAUCAUCAAUAUCCAAAAUAGAUAGAGAGAGCAACAACUUAAAAUCUUCUAUAAAUAUUCUUUCCACAAACAAAAGAAUAAGAACUUUUAUUAUAAAGAGUAAAACACUAAAACUAGUAAAAAAAGAAGGAAAAAAUGACAAACUAACAGAAUUCACAAUCAAUUACAACAGUGACUCUUCAGUGGACAGUCAAACCUUAACAGAAAUAAAAAACGAAAUGUUAUAUGAAAAAGAAGAAUGCAAAAUGUCCGAAGAGAAGAUUAACAAUGAUUUUGAAAAUGUGAUGCAUAUAGAAAAUGAAAUAACAGGUCUAGAAGAUGACCAUGUAUUUGAAGACAAUGAAGAAGUACAAACAGAAGAAUUAAAUGACUUUAAGGUCAUAAAAGAAGAAUCUCAAAUGGACAAUAUUAUUGAGCAAGAGAACAGUUUUAACAUGGUAAUUGAAGAAGAUAAAAUAAAUCACAAAAAAAGGGAAGCAAAAAAGAAGACUCAUAGAAAACGUAAGAGGUUUGAAGUUUUGCAUACAGAAGCUGACAAUUUGGAUCCUAGUCAUUGGUUGAAGAUUAAUUUGAAUGAAGAGGAAGCGUUGGAAGAAUUUAGAGCGAGAGCGAAUGAUCGGAAGUAUGUGUCGGCGGCAUAUAAAUGCACUGAUUGUUACAAAGGUUUCUCAAAAGAGGAUAUGAUAAAUAGGCAUGUUAAAUUAAGACAUUGUGAGUCUGUAGGCCCCAUAGUCUGCCGUUUCUGCCACAUGCGGUUCAAACGGAAAUGCUUUCUAACCAGACAUAUAAGUCAACAUUAUACCAAAUACAAAUGCCUGAGGUGUGAUCUCAUAUGUCCCUUAAAACAUUUAUCAACGUACUACACGCAUUUGCGUACGCACCGCAGCGAGCACGUGUGCACUCUAUGCGGGGCCUCCUUCGUUAGUGUCGCCGGACUCAGCAUGCACAAACGCACCAUGCAUGUUACAACUGUCGUUAAUCGUGACAAAGAAGAAAUAAACACGUUCUGUUCCCGGUGUGACAUCAGGUUUGAGACGAGGAAGGCGUAUGAAGAACAUUUAUAUCAUUCUGUUAAACACAGCGAAGACGUCGAGGUUUUACGGAUAGAGGGAAGGAUUGGGCUUCCAGUAACCUCACUAACACGGUGGAACACUUGCAACAUAAACUUCCCGAGCCUAGCUGCGUACAUGAAGCACCAUAACGCUGAACAUAAGGACGAGCCUCUCCCCGCGAAGGAGGAGGAGAGAACCAUCUGUGAGAUCUGUGGGGCUUCGCUAAAGGCGAAUAGCGUGGCGAGUCAUCUAAAUACACAUACACGGGAGAAAUUGUAUAGUUGCACUUUAUGCCACAUGCAGUUCAAUAGUAAAGGAAGCAUGAACAGACAUCAACUGACGCACACCGGUGAAAAGCCCCACGAAUGUUCAAUGUGCGAGAAACGGUUCACGCAGAAAAGUAGUAUGCAACUACAUUUCCGUACGUUCCAUCUUAAGCAACCUUAUCCGAAGAGAAACAGAAGAAAAACAGCAUUCAAUGAGCAAGAUGGUCUACCCCAAUACUUCUGCUAUGAAUGUGCCACCAUACUACACAAGUUCCAUAGAUUUAAGGAGAAAUGCUUCAGCGGCCAGAAGGCUCUCCGAGAAUUAGCUUGGAGAGGUCCUAUAACUUACGAACAAAUAUACAAAUUGGACCCCCCAAGAUCUUUGCACACAUCACCCGUAACCUCAAUAGACUUUCCAAGCCAUAUCAGAAGUUUCAUAUCAAACAAAAAUACAGAAGAAUCAAACGAUGUCUUUGAUCCGGAAAAAGUGGAGAAAAUAGAAAAUAUUGAAUUAAAUUAUUUUAGUGAAACAUCUAUACCGGGGGAUACGGAACCGAUGUUGGAUUUUGAUACAUUCCCUGAACAUUUUGAAGAUGAAAAAAUCAAAGUUGAUAGCAAUGAAGUGUCAUACGGUUUCAACGGUGACGAAGACAAUUUAGUUAAUAUCAAGUGUGAGAUUGUUGAUGAGAAGAAAAGCAGAAAGAAAUCUAAAGGCUUAGGUAAUAAGGUUUUGAAUAGUAAACAUUGGAGGAAGAUUACGCUGAAUGAGGAGGAGGCUUUGAAGAAUUUUCGCGCGAGAGCUGAAGAUAAGAAAUAUGUGGACGCCGCGUAUAAGUGCUCCGAUUGCUUUCGAGGUUUCUCUAAGAAGGAUAUGUUGGAUAGACAUCUGCAGUUAAGGCAUCUUAAGAUGCUGGGUCCCCUGGAAUGUCGUUUCUGUCGGAUGAGGUUCAAACUGAACUGCUACCUACGGAGACAUAUAAGGCAGCAUUAUGUCAAGUACGAGUGUUUGCGAUGUCAAGUCAUCUGUCCUUUGGAACAUACAGCCGUUCUUCACAAUGAGUAUCACAGUGGACUCAAGAGGAAGUGUGAUUACUGUGAUCAAGAAUUUAGGCAUACGUCAACAUACUAUACGCAUUUGCGUACGCACCGCAGCGAGCACGUGUGCACUCUGUGCGGGGAGUCGUUCGACAGUCCAGGUGAUGAUGAAGAAGUGGAUACAUAUUGUGUACGUUGCGACAUCACAUUUGAAACACGAAAAGCUUUUGAAGAACAUUUAUUCCAUUCUGCUCUACACAGCGACGGAGAAAGUAAUUUUGAUCAAGGAAAUAAUAAAAAAGUCUUAGGUAAAAAGGAACAAGCUAAAACAACUAAUUCUUGCAAUGCUAUAAUUAAUAAGCCCAGUUACGUUGCUAUUUCCGCCAGUGUGCAAAAUUGCGAAGGCACUCAGGAUUUACAAGCACAGGCUUCAUCUUCAACUUUGUUGACGUUGACACCAAAAAGAGAUAAAAAUUUAAAAAGAAAAUACACUGAAAUAACAAGAAGCUUAAGAAAAAGGGAUACCGACUCAAGUAUUCUAAUAACUGAACAGAAAACGGCAAGGAAAAGAAGAAAGCACAGACGGGAACACAGAAAACCUACGACGUGUCAUCAGUGCGGAAAACACUUCGAGACCCAGUCAGCGUGUUUGAAACACCAUCUAUCGGAACAUCCGCGCACUUCAUUCUUCCCGCCCAACCAGAGGUACAUCUGUGAGAUCUGCGGCUCUUCGCUAGCUCCGGGCAGUAUACAAACACAUAAGAACAUGCACUCUAGAGAGAAGGUGCACAGAUGUGACACAUGCGGACGGGAGUUUCACGCCGCUGUGGGGUUAAAGCGACAUCUAUUGACGCACACAGGUGAAAAACCUUAUUCUUGUUCUCUAUGCGACAAGCGGUUCACACAAAGCAACAGUAUGAAGUUACACUAUCGCACAUUUCAUCUUAAAGAGCCAUAUCCGAAACGAGUCCGAAGAAAAGGUAAAGAAUUACCAAAAUCAGUGGAACAAGGUGAAUCAACUAGUGAAGAGGAUUCAGAUAGCAGUUUACCAGAUAUUGAACCGAGUAUGCUCAAGCCUGACGCUGGUAUCAAACCAGUGACCGGUACUAUACCGGACAAACCCUCCGAUGAUAGCAUGCAUUAUUUGACACUUACGUAAUAUUAUUUUUAAGUUUUGUAACUUUGACUGAUUUUUAUGCACGAGUGCCUGGUGCGAAUUGGCCAGCUUGGCCGGAGUGAUACCACGGUAUCACAGAAUAUCGGCGUUAAACAACCACAACGUUGUUUCUGUUUGUUACAAUAUUGUUU